AUCCUUGCGUGACGUCACUGCAUCUACGCCGCUUGCACCAAGGAAAACAUAUAAAAUGAUGCUCAUACAUUAGUUAACUCAUUCGUUAGUUUGUGCUCACGACGGUACCCAACAAAAUGUUUAAAUACGUGGCCCUAGUGUGCGUCCUGGCGGCGGCGGCGGCGGGCGCGCCGCAGGGCGGGCAGGACGUGCAGAUCCUGCGCUUCGACAGCGACGUGCAGCCCGACGGAUACAGCUUCGCUUACGAGACCAGCGACGGCACCUCGAGACAAGAGGAGGGCAAGAUCGACAACCCUCAGUCGGAAGACGCAGCCCUCACCGUGACGGGGCAGUACUCCUAUGUGGCUCCCGACGGCAAACACUACACCGUCACGUUUACCGCCGGACCCAACGGAUUCCAACCUAAGACCUCCAUAUCGAAGUAAAUUCAGUUAGAGUAAUACCCUGAUUACAUCUAACGAGUAGAGUGGCGUGACAGUGUCCUCGGGCGAGCUAUCGGUCAAUUGCUGAUUGAUUGGUCGGAGAUCGGCUGAAGAUACUGUCUCGCCUUUCUACUCGGUGUAACAAGGUUUUAUGAUAAUUUUAAAACUUUCUGCUCAAUGUUUCUUAGGUGCGUUGGUUUGUGGUUACGUUUGAACAGUCUCAAUGAUGAUAGGAAAAUAAGAUUGUAGUUAGUAAGUAACGUUACUGCUGAUGUAUUUUCUAUUAUUAUGUGAAGUGCUAGCGUACUGUUUACUAAAUCAACUGCAGCUAGGAAAUACUAUAAGAUAAACGAAUAUCUAAUUGUAUUUUAUAGUUUUGUAUAUUAGUGUUUCUUCUAAAAAUUCCGUACUAUAAAUUGUAUGUUCACAUUACUUGUAUUGGUUUCUUGUGGAUUUUAUGCUCCACCAUUCUAUACCCAUGAAGGUUUAUCUUAUUGGCAUUAAAACACCGAACUGCCUCUCGAUCUCGACAACAUUUCAGACUAUAAAAACUGCAAUCCAAUUUUCUACUUUUCACUUACAAUUCUGUGCCAUAACCACUUCGUCUUCGAUUAUUUUGUACUUUUAUAUAAUAAAAUUAAUUAAUGUUUAUAUUUUAUACAUGAAAAUAAGUUAUGAAGAAUUACUUAAUCACAUACUUAAUAUUAUCUAUUUGAGAAAUCUUCGCAUAACACGAUAGUAAUACGGCCUUAAAAUUCAAGUACUUACAUGUUAUUGUACAAAUGUCAAACUCAUUGUGCUUAGACGAAGUGCGCUUUGAAGGUUAUCAUUAAUUUAAUGUAAGUAGGUAAGCAAGUUAUAUUCAGAAUGUAAAUAUAUAAUUACAAACCUAAA